AUGGGACUACACACAUGCGGUAAACCCGUCAGGCAGGCCGCUGGCUGGCCACCCGAGUCACCUGCUUCCCAGCACGGCAAUCAGCACCGCAACUUGGAGCACAACGAGGACAACCGCAUGGCUUCAAAGCUCGCCGGUAUCGAGUCUUGGCCUGAGACUGCCACUGACAUGCCAGCGUCACCAAGAGCCAAGUGGGAGGAUGAGGAUGACACAACGCUUAUUGCGCCUGCGCCGAACCCGGCCCCCCAUCGUCACUCUCCGCCCCCCCGUCGAGGGCCCCGCUCAGCCUAUGUGUCGGCGGUCGACGAUAGCCUUUCUGAUUUCGACCCUGGCCUGCCACAUGUUAGGGGAAGCGGCAAUCCCCGCCAGUCUAACGCUCAAGAUGAUAACUCGUCUGAGUUAAUCAAGACACCGGAGACAAGGCCUAUUUCCCAGGAGGAGCUUGUUGCCGAAGUCAAAGCGAUUUAUGCCGGCCUAGUUGUGGUCGAAAAGAAAUGUAUCGAGAUCGACAAUGACCCCAACAACACCAAACCCAACAAGUUGAACAACGACCAAUGGCGGGCCCUGGUUGAUCUGCAUCGCACGCUGCUUCACGAACACUAUGACUUUUUCCUGGCCGCCAACCACCCUUGGGCGAGCCCGGCCCUCAAGCGCUCAGCAUCGAAAUACAGCCAACCAUGCGGAUUUCCCAAAAUUGAGGUGGAACGGCAUUCUAUCCUUGACUUCAUAUCUCAAUUCAUUUCCAAGCUCGGGGAAGGGGCCGAUGGGGAGUUGUUAAAACCUGGCCGGAGGCUGUCAAAGGCAAGCCACCGGCUCACUUCCAACGGCCUUCGCACCGCGCUCCCCAUUCACCUUGCUCUGGCAUACGGCUUGAACCAUGGCGGUGCGAAUGAAGUUGCACUCGUCGAGUCUCCAGCUUCAAACCAUGAUGACGCGAAUGAAGCCCUGUCAGACGGAAUAAGCAGUCCUAAGUCCGCACCAGCUGUCCCGAUGUCGGACGUCCCGAUUCCGGUGCUCUUGUCGCGACCGGAUGGGAGAGACUCGAUUAUGCAUCCCCAGCGCGAGACAUCCAGUGCGAAAAAGCCUGCUGGUGGGAAGCCCACCCUUUCUGAGAGGAUUGAAUACCACGAGAAAUGUUACGAGGCCGACGUGGACGAGCUCAAUGCGACAGACAGAGAGAUCCGAGUCAUGGAGGACGCGCUUCAGGCAAAACGACAGACCCGGCGGCAGGUCGAGGAACGCGUUACUACUACCAAGAGUGAGAUCGAGAUGCUUAAAAGGCAACGGGACGGGAACGUUUCCGGCGGUUGA